AUGGGGUUACUUAACCCAUCUAUGGCGAUCCUCUUCCUAGCCAUGAUCGCCGUUUCAUCGGCGGUCGAUAUGUCAAUCAUCUCCUACGACGAGACUCACAGUCUCGCCGUCGGUGGCCGGAGCGACGCGGAAGUAGCGAAGAUCUACGAGGCGUGGCUUGUGAAACACGGGAAGAAGAAAGUGUCGGAGAAUUCUCUUUUGGAGAAAGAUGGACGGUUCGAGAUCUUUAAAGACAAUCUCCGUUUCAUCGACGAACAUAACUCAAAGAACCUGAGUUAUAAGUUGGGUUUGACUCGGUUCGCUGAUCUAACCAACGAAGAGUUCAGAUCCAAGUACCUUGGAGCUAAGAUGAUGAAGAAAGAGAAGAGAACCAGUAAGAGAUACGAGGCGCGUGUCGGUGACUCGCUACCCGAGAGCGUUGACUGGAGGAAGGAAGGUGCAGUGGCCGAGGUCAAAGACCAGGGAAGCUGCGGGAGUUGUUGGGCGUUCUCAGCCAUUGGAUCUGUGGAAGGCAUAAACAAGAUCGCAACCGGAGACCUAAUAUCCUUGUCUGAACAAGAGUUGGUCGACUGUGACACUUCAUACAAUGAAGGUUGUAACGGAGGUCUCAUGGACUAUGCCUUCGAGUUCAUUAUCAACAAUGGUGGAAUCGAUACAGAGGAAGAUUAUCCUUAUAAGGGUGUUGAUGGCCGUUGUGACCAGAACAGAAAAAACGCUAAAGUUGUCACAAUCGAUUCGUAUGAGGAUGUACCCGCUUACAGCGAGGAAUCCUUGAAGAAAGCACUCUCUCACCAACCCAUAAGCGUCGCCAUUGAGGGUGGUGGUCGUGCCUUCCAGCUCUAUGAUUCGGGUAUAUUUGAUGGAGCUUGUGGAACACAACUAGACCACGGUGUUUUGGCGGUAGGAUACGGAACUGAAAACGGCAAAGACUACUGGAUUGUGAAAAACUCAUGGGGAGGUAGUUGGGGAGAGAGUGGAUACAUAAGGAUGGAGCGUAACAUCAAGUCCUCAUCAGGCAAAUGUGGAAUUGCAGUAGAACCAUCAUACCCGAUCAAGAAUGGCGCAAACCCGCCAAACCCGGGACCUUCACCUCCAUCUCCAAUCAAGCCUCCAACCCAAUGUGACAGUUACUACACUUGUCCUGAGAGCAACACUUGUUGUUGUCUCUUUGAGUAUGGAAAGUAUUGCUUUGCUUGGGGAUGUUGCCCACUAGAAGCAGCCACUUGCUGUGAUGACAACUAUAGUUGCUGCCCUCACGAUUACCCGGUUUGCGAUCUUUAUCAGGGAACCUGUAAAUUGAGCAAGAACAGUCCGUUGAGUGUGAAGGCCUUAAAGCGCAAACCCGCAACGCCAUUCUGGUCACAAGGCAGGAAGAACAUUGCUUAA